AUGCCACCAGUCUCUGUCAUAACGCCAGCGCUGCUUGCUUCAAUUCGAGGACAACCGCAUCUCCCACGUCAUGCAUGGUAUUUUUUGACCGGCGUCACAUUGUCGGUAUUGAACUUGCCUAAUGAAAUUGCUACUGUUUUCAAGCACGCCAUCGAAAAAGGGCCAGGUAGUUGUGACACUAAGCCAGGACAUGAUGAGCAGUUGGAAAUUGUGCGGAAGAUGAGGGAGGCAUUGGUGAAGGCUGCCCCAAUAGGUGGAUUACCAAAAGCAAUCAACGCUCUGUUCUCCUUGAAAUCCGCAACUCCACCGUCACUUCUCGAUGAACCACUGGGCUACUCUCCUACUGCUAGACCUUCGGAUCUAUACGAUGUUCCUCAGUCAGCAGUCUUACACCGAGGGCAAAAGUUCUUCGACAAGGUUUACGGAAAGGUCUCCAAGCGUGUUAUGUCUCAGAUGGACAGAAGUGGGACAGAAGAUCUGGGCAUCACGGCUCGGUUGAUGUACGGAUAUAUAUUGAGUAACACAAACAUUCUGAGUGCUAGUGAGACAAGCUUUGUUCUUGUGGCAGGGCUGAUACCCCAAGAUGUCCCAGCACAACUGAAAGGCCACAUAAAAGGCUGCUUAAACCACGGUGCGAGUGUUGAAGAGGUCAAAGCAGUCCGGGAGGUGGUGAUCAAGAUAUGCGAAGCAUCAGGCAUGCGUCAGCUUGACGAUACUGUCCCUGGCGGUUGGGGAUGGCGAGGCCCAGUGGCAAACUUAUGA